GAUGAAAAUAAAGAUGUAUAUGAAGAACUAUUGCCAUUAUUUUUCCCACCACCACCUGGUAGUGAACUAGAAAAAGUUGAAGAUCAAGAAAAUCAAGAUGAAAAAGGAAAAGAACAAUCAUCUACUAGUGAACCGGAAAACGUUGAAAAUCAAGAUAAAACAGGAAAAGAAGAACAAUCAUUUACUAGUGAACCGGAAAAGGCUGAAAAUCAAGCUGAAAAUCAAGAUGAAAAUGGAAAAGAACAAUCAUCUACUAAUGAACCAGAAGUCGUUGAUAAACCUAAUACCGAAGGGAAUGAUACGUCACCUGGUAAUGAACACGAAGAUGCCAAAAAACAUGAUAAAUCAGAAGAUGUUGUUGUUAAACCUGAUACCGAAGAGAAAGAUACGUCAUCUG